AUGGCGGUGAAGCAUUUCGAGAGCGUCGUCGUCAGCGAAAUCAGCGACUUUCAAAGGUUCCGCCACAUCCACUGGCGAGCACCGACCGUCAUGGGCGCCGGGUUCCUGGGCGGCCUCUGGACCAUCCGCGCCGGCACAGCGCUCGCCUUCCUGUCCAAGCUCUGGCUGGUCGUCGGGACGGGCGUGGCGUACGAACAGUGGAUGUGGGUCAAUCUGCAUGCGAGGCCGCAAGAGAUCGGCUCUCUGAACUCGAUGUUUGCCAUCUUGAGCAACGCGUUCGAGUUUCUGGCCAUGCGCAUCUGGUGGCGGAGACCCGUGCUAGGUUUUUUGGCGGCCGUGACUUGGCUUCUCCCCACUUCUGCCAUCAUCACUCCAGGCACCCUCUCCGUCCAGCCUGUCCUGGUCUUGGAAACUGGCACCUUGGUCGUCCCCCAGCGAUCCUUCACCGCGGACGGCAACAGCUUCUGCGGCGUGAUCAUCGACGGGAACACAACCACCUUCGACUCCAUGUCCACGGGCUUGUCGAAUCCGACGUUCGCCACGGUUCUCUCCAACAGUGUGCUCCCCCUCGAGUCCUCGAGCACAAAUCUGACCUUCGAUCUUCAAUUCUUCGGCCCCGCCAUCCGUUGCGACAUGUCGGGCAGCGAAGAGUUUUCAUGGGCGAAACGGGCUAUGCUCGAGUACGAGAACAUGACCGACACCAGGGUGUUUUACUUCAGCUGUGCACCGCAGCCCGGUUGGGGACCCGACGUGAAUGGCUCAUUCUUCGCAUCCACGGACGUGCAGAUUGGGAACUAUCGAUUGGAUUUCGUCUCGACGGACGCCGCUCAAGUUUUCAUUUAUCUCAACACCACGGGAGUCGAUGAGGCGGGAAACCGCAUCCCAAACUUCGUCGGCAAGGCAGAGGCGCAAAUGAUGACCUGUGCGCUGUACAAUGCAUCUUACGAUGCACACUUCGAGGUGAAGAGCACCGGCGCCCAAUUCACCACCUCUCCAAUGUUCGAGAAUUGA